AUGCCUCAGCCGGAUCGCCAGGCUUUCAUGCCUCCACCGGAUUGCCAGGCUCCCCUGCUUCCACCGGCUGGUCAGGUUCUCAUGCCUCAGCCGUAUUGCCAGACUCCCCUGCCUCAACCGGUCUGUCAGGUUCCCGCGCCCCCAGCUGACUCGACAGGUUCCCGCACAUCAGCAGGGGUGACCUGUCCACUCCUGAUCCCCGGGUUCGUCCCCUUUGAUGGCAUCCUGCGGCUGGAGGGGAGGGGGUACUGUCACGUCCACCCUCUGAGGAGAGAAGGAGAGCGCCAUCGGACCCCCGCGUGCCAGCGACUGGCCCUCCCCUGGGAAGAGACGCGUUGGCCUGAUUCCACGGAGACGCCGAAUCUGCAGCCACCUGCGGGACGGCCUGGGUGGCCGGGAUGCCACUGUGUGCCCUGCCAGUCCACGGUGGAUCCUGAAGGGCAGGAGGACGGAGUGGUGGGGACGGAGUGUAGCAGGCUGGGAGGGCACCACGCGUCUGGAGACAUGAACCUCUGCUGGAACGAGAUCAAACGCAAGUCCCUCAACAUCCGCUGUGCUCCUGAUGGAGCUCCCCUGAUUCGCCCAGACAAUGCCUCACACUUCUGGCAGGUGGCAAAGAGAUACAUUCUGGGAUUUAUUUAUUCAGAGUUUAUUCCUCCCAACCCCCUCUGCAAGAGGGUGCGGCUUGAGGCGUUCUCAGACAACAGUGGGAAGCUGCAGCUCUCCCUGCAGGAGAUCAUAGAAUGGCUGACGGCCAAGGACGAGGAGCUGUCAGAGCAGCUGCCCAUAGGGGGUGACGUGGGGGCCGUCCAACACCAGAGGGAGUUCCACCAGGUAUUCAUGGAGGAUGUCAAGUCUCGGGGGCCGUUCAUCUACUCUGUGUUGGAGUCUGCUCAGGCCUUCUUGGCACAGCACCCCUUCCAGGAGCCUGAGGAGACGCUGCCCGACGGAAAAGAAGUGUCUCCGAGGAAGCGGAUCCUGAACGUGAGUCGCUCAGUGUGGAAGCAGGCCAACGUGGCCAGUGACCUGUGGGAGAAGCUGACUGCCCGCUGCGUGGACCGACACAGGCACAUGGAGCGGACCCUGGAGCGCCUGCUGCAGACCCAGGCAGCCAUGGAGGAGCUGGCGGUGGCCCUAGAACAGGCUGAGGGGGUCCGGGAUGCAUGGGAGCCUGUAGGGGACCUCUUCAUCGACUCACUGCAGGACCACAUCGAUGCCACCAAGUUGUUUAAGGAGGAGCUAACUCAGGUGAAGGAAGGCAUGAAGCACAUCAAUGACCUGGCUCAUGAGCUGGCCAUUUCUGACGUCCAUUUGUCCAUGGACAACGCCCACUCCCUGGAGCACCUCAACAGUCGCUGGAAACUACUGCUGGGCUCCAUUGAAGAGCGUCUGAAGCAGCUGCAGGAUGCCCAUAGAGACUUUGGUCCUGGAUCCCAGCACUUCCUCUCCAGUUCAGUGCAGAUACCCUGGGAACGCGCCAUCUCUCCAAACAAAGUGCCCUACUACAUCAACCAUCAGGGCCAGACGACAUGCUGGGAUCAUCCAAAAAUGACGGAGCUGUACCAGGCACUGGCGGAUCUAAACAACAUCAAGUUCUCAGCGUACCGGACGGCCAUGAAGCUGCGGCGGGUGCAGAAGGCUCUGAGAUUGGACCUGCUGACGCUGGUGAGUGUGGUGGACGUGUUCAGGGAGCAGGAUCUGCAGCACGGGGAACAUGUGAUGGAUGUGGUGGAGAUGAUUCAUGCCCUGACCGGCCUGUAUGAGAGACUGGAGGAGGAGAGGAGGGCCAUCGUGGUCAACAUCCCUCUCUGUGUCGACAUGUGCCUCAAUUGGCUGCUCAAUGUCUACGACAGUGGUCGCAAUGGAAAGAUGCGUGUCCUCUCCUUCAAGACGGGACUGGUGAGCCUGUGCAAUGCGGAUGUUCAGGAGAAGUAUAAAUACUUGUUCAGGCAGGUGUCUGGUCCAGGGGGUCUGACAGACCAGCGUCACCUCACCAUGCUGCUUUAUGAAGCCAUCCAGAUCCCGCGACAGCUGGGAGAGGUGGCCGCCUUCGGAGGGAGCAACGUGGAGCCCAGUGUACGCAGCUGCUUCCGCAUGGCCCCAGGUAAGCUAGCCAUCGAGGUAUCGCACUUCCUGGAGUGGAUGAGUCUGGAGCCCCAGUCUGUAGUGUGGCUGGCUGUUCUGCAGCGUGUGGCUGUGGCCGAGUCCGCCAAGCACCAGGCCAAGUGUUACAUCUGUAAACAGUGCCCCAUCAAGGGAUUCAGGUACCGCAGUCUUAAACAAUUCAAUGUGGACAUCUGCCAGACGUGCUUCCUCACAGGACGCACCACCAAGGGAAAGAAGCUCCACUACCCCAUCAUGGAGUACUAUACCCCAACCACCUCAGGAGAAAAGAUGCGGGACUUUGCCAAAACGCUGAAGAACAAGUUCCGGUCGAAGCAGUACUUUAGCAAGCACCCUCAGCGGGGCUACCUGCCUGUCCAGUCGGUGCUGGAGGCCGAGAACUCUGAGACGCCGUGCUCCUCUCCCAAGCUACCCCAUGCAGACACACACAGCAGAAUCGAGCACUUCGCUAGCAGGUUGGCGGAGAUGGAGAACCAGAAUUGCUCCUUCUUCACGGAUAGUCUGUCGCCUGAUGAGAGUCUGGAUGAAGAUCAGUACCUCCUGCGUCACUCCAGCCCCGGCGCCCUGGACCAGGACUCCCCCAGCGGACAGCAGAUGCUGCUGAUCCACCUGGACUGUCAGGACAAGGACGAGCUGCAGAGAACGCUGGCCCGCCUGGAGAAUGAGAACCGGGUGCUGCAGGGGGAGUGGCGGCGACUGAAGUGGAGGCAUGAGGAGGCGGCGGCGGCUCCCCAGCUGACGGAGGGGGGCGAGGGGUGUCCGGGAUCGCCCACUGGGGGCCAGCAGGACGAGGAGCUCCUGGCCGAGGCAAGGGUCCUUCGGCAGCACAAGACUCGCCUAGAGACACGAAUGCAGAUCCUGGAGGACCACAACAAACAGUUGGAGUCCCAGCUGCAGAGGCUACGAGAGUUACUGCUGCAGCCCAAAGAUGACUCGGAGGCCAACGGAUCGGAACCUUCAUCCCUGUCAUCUCCGGUGUCAGGGGGAGGCCGUCAGGGGGACGGACCCAGUAGAGAGACCACAGACACAGAGGCAGCGGGAGAUGGAGAUGAGGAUCAUGAACAGGACACAGUGCAGCAGCUGCAGGAGGUCAUAGAGCAGCUGAGAAACGUCUUCCCGUCAGAACCUGGAGCAACGUCACUCAUCUAA